AUGCUCGCCCAUAGUGAAACCCGCUCCAUAGCAGGCCUCGCCCCUCCACAUGCAGGCUCGCCCCAUUGCAAGUUCGCCCCUUUUAGCAAGUUCGCCCCUUGCAAGUUCGCCCAUUGCAAGUUCGCCCGCAUUGCAAGUUUGCCCCAUUACAAGAUUCGCCCCAUUGCAAGUUUUCGCCCCGCCAGCAAGUUCGUCGCAGCAGAGUUCGUCCCAUGUCCGAUUCGCCCCAUGCAAGUUCGCCCAUUGCAGGUUCGCCCCAUUGCAGGUUCGCCCAUUGCCGAGUUCGCCCUUGCAGGAUUCGCCCAUUGCGGGAUUCGCCCCAUUGCGAAUUCGCCCCAUUGCAAGUUCGCCCCAUUGCAAGUUCGCCCCCUUAAGUUCGCCCCAUUACAAGUUCGCCCCAUUGCCAAGUUCGCCCCAUUAAGUUCGCCCCCAUUGCAAUUCGCCCCCAUUGCAAGUUCGCCCCAUUGCAAGUUCGCCCCAUUGCAAGUUCGCCCCAUUGCAGGUUCCCAUUGCAAGUUCCCCCAUCAGCAGUUCGUCCCCAUAGCAGGCUCGCCCCAUCGCGAGCUAGUCCCACACGAGCUCCCCAUCGCAGGCUCCCCAUCGCAGGCCCAUCUGAGCUCCCCAUCGCAGGCUCCCCAUGGGCUCCCCAUCGCAAGUUCGCCCCAUUGCAAGUUCGCCCCAUUGCAAGUUCGCCCCAUUGCAAGUUCGCCCCAAUGCCAGAUUCGCCCCAUUCAAAUUCGCCCCUUUGCAAGUUCGCCCCUUUGCAAGUUCGCCCCUUGCAAAAUUCGCCCCAUUACCAAGUUCGCCCCAUUGCAAGUUCGCCCCAUUACCAAGUUCGCCCCCAUUACCAAGAUUCCCCCCAUUGAGUUCGCCCCCAUUACCAAGUUCGCCCCCAUUUACCAAGUUCGCCCCAUUACCCAAGUUCGCCCCCAUUGCAAGUUCGCCCCAUUGAGAUUCGCCCCCAUUGCAAGUUCGCCCCAUUGCAAGAUUCGCCCCAUUACCAAGUUCGCCCCCAUUGCAAAUUCGCCCCAUUGCAAAGUUCGCCCCCAUUGCAAGUUCGCCCCAUUGCAAGUUCGCCCCAUUGCAAGUUCGCCCCCAUUACAAAUUCGCCCCAUUGCAAGUUCGCCCCAUUGCAAGUUCGCCCCCAUUGCAAAUUCGCCCCAUUACCAAGUUCGCCCCCAUUGCAAAUUCGCCCCAUUACCAAGUUCGCCCCAUUGCAAGUUCGCCCCCAUUGCAAGUUCGCCCCCCAUUAAGUUGCCCCCCAUUACCAAGUUCGCCCCCAUUACCAAGUUCGCCCCAUUGCAAUUCCUUACAUUGCAAUUCGCCCCCAUUGCAAAUUCGCCCCCAUAUUCCCCGUUACCAAAAUUCCCCGUUGCAAGAUUCGCCCCCAUUGCAAAUUCGCCCAUUAAGUUCGCCCCUUUGCAAGUUCGCCCCCAUUGCAAGUUCGCCCCGUUGCAAGUUCCCCGAUUGCAAGAUUCGCCCCGUUGCAAGUUCCCCCCAUUGCAAGAUUCGCCCCAUUGA